ACACACACACGGAGAGAAAACAGUGCGCACAGCCUCGACCAGAGAGGAAGAGGAGGAGGAUAGAACAUGCGCUGGAGGCGACACCUGUCAAGCCGUUACUAAACACGCCUGGUUUAUAAAAAAAGAAAGAAAGAAAAAAAAGACUGAGGCGCCCUGAAGACUUCGGGGGAUAGACCGAGGUGGAAAUAGAGAUAAGUAGCGCCUACUGCCGAUGUUUUCGCUCAGGGAGAGACCCGGAGCCCUCUGUGGAGAGAUGGGAAAGGAGUAUGGGGCAUUAACGUCAUGUCAAGCCGUUUUGGAGUUGAAGUAUAAGUUGACGUAGGUUAUAGAUGUCGGCUAAGCGCACCGAGAGCAGGAACCGGGAGCACAAAGACGCUGAAGCGGAAAAAAACGGGACUUUAUCCGAGGUCUGCCUAUCAGUCAUAUACGCGCGCGCGCCCUCUCCACACAUAUUAACCCACAACAGAACCCACAGAGAAACAACUAAGUAGUGCACAUCGUAGAGCUUCGGUGCGGACAGACCGAACAUCGUCCUCGUCCCUCCGCGGCGCCUUCACCCGUCUAUAGAGGCUGCUGACCGGAACUUACAGGACCCGCAGAAAUAUCUACUAACUGGAGAUUAUAUGACAAGGGUGUCCUGAGGGACGCAGGGAAGAGACAGAAAGGAGAUAACAGAGGUGGCUGCUAACCACGUCUCAGUCAGUCAUCCUACUAAAGCAAACAUCAGUGAGGUGAAGGAUAUUAAAAGACUUCAACUCUACCAUCCAAGCCGUGGGAGAGCUUUUCACACUGCACCACAUCACAGUGCUGCUCAAAGUGGACUGCAUAAAGUAUACACUGUCAUCUGGCUUUGCUGCCUGUGAGGAUGAUGUGUGCAAACUGAAAAGAAAGUGAUUAAACAUUUAACAGAAGAGAGUGGGACUGAAACUGAGAGGGAGAGAGAAAGAAGCUCUUUUCCUCGAAUACUCCUCAUAAAGUCUGUACUCUGAGCCUGAGCAAACCUGUUCAUCCAACCUCCGAACAUGCUCAUUAUCAUCACUGAACUGUGACGUUUAUGUUGUAAUAAUUGUGAUUGUGCAAGCUUAACAACAGAUCAGAAUCUCAAUAAGGACAAUUUGUUGGAUUUUCCAGAGCUGAGGACAUUUUUCUUCUCGCUGCUCCUCAAUUAAAACCACUACCUUCCUAUUUUAAACAAGUGUAGCACGGCACAGAACUAUUUUUGCAUGACCCACUGCUUGCAUGAGUAUCCAGGAUUGUUUUUGACUUCUAAGAAGGACCCCUGAGCUCUCAACUAUCUUCUGACUGUACCCAUCUGUUGCAUUGGGGUGUGGAGGGGUGUUUUCAGAAUUGGGCCUCUGAACACUAACUGAAGAUGACUUAAGCUGGCAGGCCUAAAAGUUCCUUACCCAAAGUGAGAGAGAGGACUUGGCAGGACAGUCAUAAACUUGCACACACACAACACACAAAUGUGGAUGCUGAGGCGGCUUUGAGCCAUGCUGGUGUUGCGGCUUGUGGAGCCCUGGAGUACAGGCUAUCAUCAUCCCUAUCAUCAUUCACCCAAGCUGAGGAAGAUUCAGUGGCCUAAAGGAAAGAGGCUACACUUCUGAACGAUUCAAAGAAUACUGUGAAACUGUGCUAACACACAGAGAUUCAAAGCCAACAUCCUCAAUCGCACAUACAGACACUCGAAUACACCUCUUCACAAAUCCCCGUUACAGGAAAGACAAAGCUGCGGCAGACGUGAAAGGCGCUGAGACUGAGCAGUCAGGAGCUGUGAACCAACAUGGCAGCCGAAAGUCUUGCAGAGCUCCGUGAUUGGCUCUUUCUGCUCCUACUUGUCCUCACCUUAUUGGCUGAGGUGUUGGAGCUGGCGGCAGCUGCAAUUGCCAUGGAGACUGGCGAGGGAGAUGAAGGCAUUGUUUGUCCCUCUGUGUGUCGCUGUGAUGAGGGUUUUGUCUACUGCAACGAUCGUGGCCUGAGUCUAAUUCCUCCACUACCAUUGACGGCUGCCAUCCUCUACUUGCAGAGCAACCGGUUGAGUAACGCCGGAUUGCCCCCAUCACUGGAACGCAGCACUUCCAUACGAGUAAUUUACCUGUAUGCCAACCAGUUGGAUGAAUUUCCUAUACACCUCCCGCCUUCCUUAAGGGAGCUCCACUUGCAGGAUAAUAAUAUACGAACGUUACCGCGAUCGGCUUUGGCUAAGUUACCAUUACUAGAACGUUUACAUUUGGAUGAUAACUCUAUAUCCACAGUUAGCAUUCAAGAACGAGCUUUUUCUGGGACUCCACGGCUUCGACUUCUGUUUCUGUCUCGGAAUCACCUGUCAAGCAUCCCUGCAGGCCUCCCAGCAUCAUUAGAAGAGUUGCGACUGGAUGACAACAGAAUCAGCACCAUUCCCACACAUGCUUUUCGUGGGCUUUCCUCCUUGCGACGCUUGGUCCUGGAUGGGAACCUGCUGGCCAACACACGCAUUGCGGAUGACACAUUUUCACGCCUAGCCAACCUGACAGAGUUGUCACUGGUCAGGAAUGCUCUACAGUCUCCGCCUGUAAACCUGCCUUCCGCACACCUAGUUCGACUCCAUUUACAAGACAACGGAAUGACUCACAUACCUAGGGGAGCGCUGGAUGGCAUGCGGCACCUGCAGAGGCUGGACCUGUCAGGGAACAAUCUGACCAGUCUCCCUAGAGGACUUCUGAGAGACACAGAAAGCCUGGAGCUGCUGCUGUUGCGAGGGAACCCCUGGUACUGUGGCUGCAACCUUCGCUGGCUCCAUGCCUGGAUGCACGGACGUGGGUCAGCAGUGACUGUUAGAGGUCUCACCUGCCAGGGGCCUGAGCCUGUAAGGGGGCAGACACUCAGAGACCUAACAUCACUGAUGGAGCAGUGUGAAGGACCUCCAGUUGGUCCCAGCACUGGAGUAGGGGUGAACACAGCAGAGAAAGAGGAAGUAGGUGAUGACAGUGUUGGAGAGGGCCAAGUUAUCCCCUCUGAAAGCACCACCACUUCAUCUCUGCUGGUUCCCACUCAAGGCUCCCUGUUCACUCUGCGAGCCAAGCGACCAGGCCUUGUUAUGCCCCUACCUCCAGGGGAAGGUGGACAGGUAUCUGAAGGAGCCUUAGAGCUGACUGUAAAACCACUCUCUUCAGACAGUGUACUGGUGAGUUGGCUGUGCCCACAGCCAGCACCAUCCUUCCGCCUUUCCUGGCUGAGGCUGGGUAGCAGUGCAGCUCUUGGUUCAAUAACAGAGACUCUGGUACCUGGAGAGAGGCGACAGUAUCUCCUUACCCAGCUCACCCCACGCUCCCAUUACCUCAUCUGCCUGCUGCCACUACGACAGGAGACCUCUUUUGGGGCCUCCAGCAUGGGUUCAUCUCGUGUUGGCAGCAUGGAAACGGACAGUAAAGACUCAGCCCCGGCCUGUGCUCAGAUAGAGACUGGAGAGGCUCUGGUCAACACUGGAGGGGAGGGGUCAGAUAAGGAGGGACAGGACUCAGAGCUAACAGCCUUGCCAUUGGCUGGAAUUAUAGGGGGUGCCACAGCUUUGGUAAGCCUGCUCUUGAUCUUUGGAAUCUUCUGCUGGUACGGACAGAGAGCAGGUUACAUGUCAGGGGACUCAGGCUCAUACAACAGGGGCCGAGGUGGAAAACAUUAUGAUGACUAUGUAGAGUCAGGCACCAAGAAAGAUACUUCCAUCUUAGAGAUUAGGGCCCCUCCUGCAGGGUUUCAGAUGACAGCUAUGGCCCAUCAGCCCCUGCAGCCUAAGCUGGAGGAUGUCACCUACAUCCACACCAUUUUCCCCUCUUCCUCCACUUCCUCCCAAGCUAACGGGACCUACCGGAGCAGCCAUGGAGCUGGCACCCUCAAUGGCACAAUCCUUAGCCAAACCAGCCACCAUCAUGUCACGUAUGGUACCAACCGUGGUUACAGAGAGGGGGGCAUCCCUGACAUAGAUUAUGCCUACACGUGAUGAUACAGGGACACACUUCCUGAGCCACAAGAGCUGCACUGGCAAGUGGCCAUGUUGUCCUUGGUUUCCAAAGUACCCUCUGUGCCUCUGCUGGUUCAAUUCUGAUUGGUUUGCUUAGUAAAGAAGACUGAUUUGAGCUGUGAUGAUUGGGCAAAGCUACUGAGUGACAGAACAGUCCUAUACUCUGCUACUGUAUAUUACAUAAUACAGUGGGCCCUUCUUUCAGCGCUACUUAUAGUUAUUAAUGGUUACGUUUUCUCUUUUGGAUAUCUCAGUGUCUUUCAAACCUACUAUUCUUCUCAGCUCAUGGUAAUACAGAGUAACUUAUUUGAGGUUGAUAUACUAGGCUUAGCUGAUUUAGCAGGAGAUAUAUUUAUAAUGUGAGGAAAAGGCACUUGAUGUGUAUAGAUAGCGCUCAUAACUUCCUACCAACUGUAAGCUCUGUGCUGUAUAGAUAAAAGGAAUGAGAGAAGGAGAAAUCAAUGGUUGUUAUAACCCACAGAUGACAAUGAAUCAUGGCUGACAUGAAAAGAUGUGUCCCUAGCCCCUUCCUUUCCGCUGGUUUACUCCCCUCCUUUUUAAUUUUUCCUUCUUUCUGUCUUUCUUUUUUUUUCAGCUGAGGCUCUUUUCUUUUUAUUUCUCUCGUGUCUUUUGUGGUGCUGUGAGCAGAGGACGACUUUGUUCUCGCCAAGGGAGCUGACAGCAGUGAUAACAGUUCUGACAGAGACGAGACACAAACCACAGCAUGGGAAGACUAAUGAGUGGGAGAGAGAGAGAAAGUGUGUGGGGGUGAUGGAUAGAUGGGUGGAUGGAAGGAGAGAACAUAAAAGACAAUGAGUGAAGACAGAGAGGGGUGCUGUUUUGGGGAUGUAGUCACUGAAAGAGGUGUGUUUGCUUGAGGCGGAGGGCAAGGACAGAGAAGAAAGAGACUGGAGCCAAGUUAAAGGAGGGUGUGUUACCAGUCCAGCGGCAGGAGGCAAAGAAAAGGACCAAAGGAAAAGAAGAUAGGGCUGAAAACUAGAAUAAUGUCACAUCAUCAUCUAAAAAGAAAAUAUUUUGCCCACUACACUCAACAUUUAUCUUAGUCACCAGUGUUUCCCCACUGACCCCCUAAUAUAACAAUAAACACUGGUCGUGAUUACAGACUGCAUGCUACAUUCAAAGAUUGUUUUGAGUUGCCUGCAAUAAUUACAAUUCAUAAAAUGUUACGAAUUAUGCUAAGAAGAAAGAUAUACAAGGUUAGACAAUCAAAAGAUAAAAUGAUUGCCAAGACCACAGGAUAAAUGACUAAUUCAAAAGCAGCUUUUAAAACUUAAUGGCAAAGUUUAUCAAAAAAAACUUGCAUGUACCUGAUUUUUAUUGUGGACUGGUCUCAUUAUCAAAUUAUGUUUGCAAACGAAGUAAAGGAAACAUUUUAUAACAGUAGCCCAUUUAUCUUAUAUUGGUUGGCUAAACCUUUUUAAACGAAAAUCAGUUUAUAGCAGCUAAUCAUCUCUGGAGGGUAAGUUAGAAUGACGAUGCUCUAAUUACUCUUUCCUGAGACUCACUCAUAAUACAUGUAUUCAAGUUCUUUUCCCAGAGAAAAAUGUUUUCAUGUUUUUUAUUGGUAUAUAAGUAAAAUAAAGUGGUAUAUAAAAUUAAAUAUCAAAUAAUACUUCAUAGUCUAUGUGAUUGUGAUGUUUGUGUAUUGGUAUAGUGACUUUAAAACUGAUAACACAUAAAUUUACAGAGAGGAAAAUGACACACCUGACAAAGUGUGUUGGUGUUUACGAUGUUCCAGUUUCUCAUGUGACAAAGCAAUCAGAGAUAACAGCCACAGAUACAAUGGAUUCAGGGGUGUAAAGGGUACAGUGUUUCACCUGUAGUUAUUUUCCAAGCAGAAAUAUCAAACUUAGCCAAUUUUCCAGCUUAUUUGUGGGUUUUUGCAGCAUUUCUUAUUUUUAUGGCAGAGUAAAAUUCAAAUAUUUACCUUUUUCUAUUUUCACUUUAAUUGUUUUAGAAAGAGCGGUUUAAUGAGACCAUCAUUAACUCUGGGUUUCUGUGAUAAUUAUUUAUUUUUGUGCAUAGAAUUAUGGACCAAAUGAUAAAUCUAUAAAUUAAAAUUAAAAAAGUUGCAGCCUUACAAAUUUCCAAUGUCUCACUGUCAACAUCAUAUCAAAACAAGGCGAUUUAACUUGUAUGAAGCUGAAAUUGCAGUAAAAGGUAAAACAUAUUUUCAAAAAACAAAACAAAAACAGCAAAAUGAUCAAACUUAAUCUGAUAAGGUCUUGGCAGUGAUACACAUUUUUUGACUCAGGUUGUCCAGUUUUAUGGCCUUAGAACAGCAUUCACAUAGUUCUGUUUGCAGGGAUUGCAGCCCGACCGCUACACUGUGCAUCUUAACACAAACACGGCCAUGGGAAAGCGGCAUCUGCUCUCUGACUGCUUCUAACAGACCCCAAUAAAACCCUUAAUGGAGGAAGACCAGGAAUGGAAAAUUAUUUUAAAGAACAGCCAGAGUUUAAAAGAGGAAGAUGAGAAGCUAGAGAGGGAAAAACUAAAAGUGAGGAUGUAGACCGGACAUUUAGAUAGAGCCUUUAAGUGUUGAAACCCUUUCUUUCUUUCAUUCUGUCUUUCAGUAGCUCUCUUUCUCUUUUCCAGCCUGUGUUACUGUGUGCCAGUAAAAAUGGAGGAACUCCAGUGUGUUUUUAGUUUUCAGGGGUUUAUUUUUCGUAUUUCUGUAUUUGUUUUUUUCAGUUUUUUUAAGAGCAGUGAAGCUACAAUUCACUCUGUGUAGAAAUCCUUUUCCUUUUAAAAUCUCAUCCUCAGAUGUGAUAAUGAAAACACUCUUAUGUAAAAACAUAAAAUGGGUGCAAAAUGCUAUUCAGUUUAUUGGUCUGUCGUCUUUUUUUCUACGCAGAUGAAUAAAGACUUCUAAAAGG